AGCAGUUAUUUUCCUGAUAUCGACGUGGUAUCGAAAGUGUCGAAGCGAUUUAUAAUUUUCCUUUCCGCCGGUAUUUUAUCUGGCGCCUUUGGGAGCGUCGUUUCGGGGUCUAUAACCUCAACGUUGGACGGUGUUCAUGGUAUUCAGGGAUGGAGAUGGCUAUUCAUCGUUGAAGGCGUUACCACCGUCGGAAUAAGCGUUCUUUCGCACUGGACCUUACUUGACUACCCAUAUAACAGUCUAGGACUGAACCAGGCAGAGCGUGAUCUUGCACAGAAACGAAUGGUUCAAGACGGGGUAGCAGAGAUGCACGCCAAUUCCGAGACGCCAACCACAAGAACUUCUAUAUUCAUUUGCUUGCUAAAAGCACUAUCCAACUGGAGAACUUGGCUUCUUGUUCCUGGGUAUAUGUCUAUUCUUGGUGCAUUAUCUUUGUCAUACUUUUACCCUACACUGGUUGAAGGUAUGGGGUAUUCUUCAACAAAUGCUCAGUACAUGACGGCUCCGCUUUAUCUUGUUGCACCCGUUGUCGCAUUACCCGUCUGUUACAUUGCCGAUCGCAGGCCUCAAUUGAGGGGUACCAUUCUGGUGGUGAAUCUGACAGUGGGCAUGGUAUUUUUCGCAUUGACAGCAGCUAUUCAACAUUACACAGUAAGGUAUGUCUUUCUUUGUGUCACAAAUACUACGGUAUGGACUGGAAAUGCUCUUGCUCUGUCCUUUGCAACUACUGGACUGGCGUCAGUCAAUCAAGACGUGAGAGCAAUAAUGUUAGCCAUGAUGAAUGGAUUUGGAGCACUCGCUCAACUGUACGGUAGCGCUUUAUUUCCAGCGAAAGAUGGGCCUCAAUAUGUUGUUGCAUUUUCUGUCUUCGCUGGUACUUUUGCCGCCGGAGCAAUAUUGUACGGACUAGCAGAUACUUUAUUUAAGCGAUAUCCAUAG